UAUUUUCUCCCAGACGGCGGCUUUCACCUCCACUGCGAUAUUCCACGCCCCCAUCUCCGAGACCCUCUACUGGCCCAAUCACCAUCGACGGAGCUUGCACAACUUGAUCCCGGUGGCUCCAUGGAUGAGCUUCCUUUCCCCCGCAGCAUCCAGUCAUUAUUAUUCCUUGACCGCCCAGGGUAUCCGAGGUUGCCCCAGACGUCGUCGAGAUUGGGCACGAGGUUAGAGGAGGCAGAGGGCGGACCACAUUGUAUGGGACUGUACGAUGGCACGCAUGUAUCAAUGCGACGCGCGAUGACCCGGACUCGGACCGGUUAACGAGCUGGGAGACACACUGCCUAUAAACCGGAGUGAUAGCCUGUUGUCGCUCCGCCAUUUUGGUCCUCUCGACGCUGCCGUAUUUCUUUCGAAUCCAUCCCCGGAUUUGUUUAUAUACGGGGCGCCCCCCCCUCUCCCCUCGCUCCUCUCCGAUCCGGUUCUUUGUGUGUUCUUCUUGAACGGGAGUACCCUUAGACUUGGACUUAGACCUACAUUGACUCACACUGGGGAAUUCGCUUGGGAGCACGCUUACCUACACCUCCCACACGCAUACCUACCGAUCUAUAAUACCAUCCAUCCUCACCACCACGAUCUCCACCUGCCCCUUCGUCGUCAACCACAUCGUAUCCCUCUCCCAUCCUGCCUGCGCCUUUCGAUACGGUAGCCCUCGCCAUUCUCAAUGGCGACACACGUCGCCAACCAGGACGCGCCAGCGUCAGCUGGCGACUUCGACCCUAAUUUCUACCCUCCAUACCAUGGAAUGUCGGUUGGCCGGUACCUGGCAACACGCAUCAGCUCGCUGAAGCCGCCGAUGGGGAGAGCGCCCAACCCCAUUCGCCUGCUUCGGAUGGUGACUGCGCGCCAAUGGUCUUUCUUUGGUGUCGCUUUCUUUGCCUGGACCUGGGACGCUUUCGAUUUCUUCACCGUCUCGUUGACCGUUCGCGACUUGGCCGAGACCUUUGACAAGACCAAUACCGAUAUCACCUGGGGCAUCACUCUGGUGCUGAUGUUCCGAUCUGUCGGUUCCAUUCUCUUCGGCAUUGCGGCAGAUCGCUACGGUCGGAAGUGGCCCUUUAUCGUAAAUAAUAUCCUCUUCAUCGCGCUUGAAUUGGGAACCGGGUUUUGUAACACGUACGGCCAAUUCCUCGCCUGUCGCGCCCUAUUCGGCGUCGCGAUGGGCGGCCUAUACGGGAACGCCGCCGCGACCGCCCUCGAAGACCUCCCCAGCGAAACCAGGGGCCUCAUGAGCGGCAUCCUCCAGCAGGGUUACGCAUUCGGCUAUCUGCUUGCGACUGCAUUCGCCCGCGGACUCGUCGACACCACGUCCCAUGGGUGGCGCCCCUUGUUCUGGUUUGGCGCCUGCCCGCCUGUCAUCUUCAUCCUGUGGCGCCUGACGCUGCCCGAGACGGAGAUGUACGAGCAGCAGCGGGAGUUGCGGCGCGCCAGCGGGAACGUCGGUAAGACCUUUCUUGAGGAGGGCAAGGUCGCGCUUAAGCACCACUGGCUGCUGCUCACGUACCUGGUGCUGCUCAUGGCCGGCUUCAACUUCAUGUCGCACGGCUCGCAGGAUCUGUACCCGACGCUGCUGGAGAACCAGUUCAACUUCACGGCCAACCAGGUCACGGUCACGCAGGUGGUGGCGAACCUGGGCGCGAUGACGGGCGGCGCCGCCGUUGGUUUCUACUCGCAGGUGGUGGGGCGGCGCUUCAGCAUCAUCGUGAUGUGCGUCGUGGGCGGGGCGCUGCUGUACCCGUACACGUUCGUGUCGAACGAGCGGAUCAUCGCGGCGGCCUUCUUCGAGCAGUUCUGCGUGCAGGGGGCGUGGGGGGUGAUCCCGGUGCACCUGAUGGAGCUGUCGCCGGGGGCGUUCCGGACGUUCGUGGUGGGGACGAGCUACCAGCUGGGCAACCUGGUGUCGUCGGCGAGCUCGACGAUCGAGGCGACGAUCGGCGAGCGGUUCCCGCUGCCGCCGACGGAGCGCGGCGUCCGGCGCUACGACUACGGCACCGUCAUCUGCAUCUUCAUGGGCUGCGUCUACGCCUACGUCAUCCUGCUCACCCUGCUCGGCCCCGAGUACCGCGGCCGCGACAUGGACGUGGCCCACGACGCCGACGCCGUCGAGGCCGCCGGCCGCCGCAACGCCGACAAGGUGGUGUCUGACUACGCGCACGAGCACGAGCACGAGCACGGGAACGGGCCCGACGCCGAGAAGGGGACCGCGAGUCACCUCCCGUAGGGCCGGGGUCGCCUUGGGCCUCGACGAGGUUGUGCGCUGGUCGUGGGGCCACUGGUCUUGCUAUUGUCGGAGUCGGGAGUGUGUGCGGGGAUCUGCUGUUACUUAGCGGGCUACUAGAGUGAUGAGGAAGGGAAAUGAGAGGAACGAAAUUCCUAGCCCGUCCAAUAGUCUUCGCAUCCCACCCGUUCUUCUUGUGUUCGCUGUCGCUGUCAAUGCCAUUGUCGUAGUAGCAGUUGUUGCUGCUGGCUCCCCAUCGAGUAGUUCACUUGGCUAGGUGUGCUUAUCUCCCUGUGUAGUAUCUCUCUGCGAGAUCGCACGCGGCAAUUGGGGCCACUUCUCUUGUACGAUUACCCGGGAAUGUCGAGAGUACGCGGACGCGGAGCAGCGAGAAAGGGAGACAGAGGCCGAAGUAGGACGGCGGCCCCGUUCGCGUCUGCGACACGGUGGACCGGCGACCGCGAUCGAAGCUACGAGCGGCACUCGGGGCGGCCAGGCCUUGGUAGCGACGGCGAGGGCAAGUCGUCGCGAUGUGUGAGCUACCAUAUAUAUAUAUAUAUAUACAUAUACACAAUAUCUUGCCC